AUGUUCCGUGCCGUUGUAUUCUUUUCUUGCCUUGCUCUCGGGUACAGCCAUGCAGUGCUUCCUCUAGUUGCACCGGUGGUGCAUUCAGUGCAUGUGCCAGUGGUAUCUUCUUACCAUGGCUUGGGUCAUGGAUUUGGGCACGGUUUGGACCACGGCCUUAGUCAUGGCUACGGUUAUGGACAUGGUCAUGGAUACAGUUAUGGACACGGUUUGAUUAAGCCGCUCGGACAUCACAUAUGGAAACGGUCACCUCAUGCAGUUGAUUUCAGUCAUGGGCACUUUGGACACGUUGCUGCGGUCGCACCGUUUGCUCACGUGGCUCAUGUUGCUCCAGUAGCUCACGUAGCUCCAGUGGCAGUUUCUCACCAAUCACGAGUGGACGUCCACUCGUCACCAGCAGUCGUCAAACACUUUGUAUCACCAGUGGUAGCAGCUCCAGUACUAGCCGUUGGACAUGGUCAUUUUGGUGCUGGCCACCUCGAUGGUCAUCUAGGAGGACACUUAGGAGGCUAUUUGGACGCUGCUCAUCUUGGUGGACACUUGGGUGCUGGUCAUCUUGGUGGACAUUUGAGCGCUGGCCAUCUAGGUGGACAUUUGGGUGCUGGUCAUAUUGGUGGACAUUUGGGUGCUGGCCAUCUUGGUGGGCAUUUGGGUGCUGGCCAUCUGGGUCUCGGCCAUUACGCAAGUGGACAUGGCCAUUACGGAUAUUAACAUGUAGGACAUUACUAGUCAGACGUACUUGAAUCCUGUGGUGUUGUGUUUUGAUAUGUAAAAUGUUUGUGCGCAACCUUACCUUGUAUACAGUAGAUAUUUUUAAUGUUGGAA